CCGUCAUCAACCCAUCGACUCUUCAACACCGGGCGACCGAGCACCGGGGCCCGAGCCAGCGCCAUGAGCGGCGACCGGCGCCUUGGGCGCUUGGGCUGGAGGAACGGUGGAAGACCCCAUGCACCGUGGGCAUCCUGGAGGGCGCCGGAUGGAUAGUCGAAGCCGCGCGCGGGGGCGACCCGUGAGGAACCAGAAAGCCCGAUGGCGCAGCAGCAGCCGUCCCAGGAUGGAUAGCCGAAGCAGAGCUCGAACCAAGGAGAGCCGCAGCCGGAGCCGCGGGAAAAACGCCCGCGGCCACGAUGGCCGCGAGCCGUUAGUGCGGCGUGCUGCUCCGCGGGCGAUCGAAGAGCCGGUGCCGCGGGUGUUCGGACUGCGGGGGCGCUCCUGCAGUCCGAGACCGGAGGACACGAACCCCUUCCGGAAGCCCUUCGCGGUGACGGAGGAGCAGCGAUCGAAGUCCAUUCCUUGCGACGGCUAUCUCUAUGCUACUUUGGAGUUCUCGAGCCCUUACGCUUUGCCACCCUGGUCUCACGAGCCACCUGAACGCUACAAUCACAAGACACGCACUGACGAGUCUGUGACGAAGUGGAAAUCCCUGCCCUCUGGCUGGGAACUCGCGGAGCCUAACGAGAAGGUGGUGGCUGAGGUCAUCAAGCCUUACCCCUGGGGGACCCAUAUGUUGGUCACCGACUCGGGGAAGUGCUACUGGACGGCCGGAGGCCCCCGACCGGGCACCCUGGAAGCGCUCUGGGACUACGAGAAGGGCAUCGGCAGGUACUUCUUGAGGCCCAAGUUCGGGGGGAACGCCUCCCUCCAUGGACUGAUCCUGAUGAAGACCAAGACCAUGGCCGAGUGAAGCGUCCCGAUCGCGAAGAAAAAGCGUCGCGGAGUGCCUUGCACCGGGUCGGUUCAAAGAGGGCGAAGUGGCUGGAAGAGGAUCCUGAGAUGCACAGAUCUCGUGUUCAAUUGUAGACGGCCCGUAUGUUAGCCUGGGG